AUGACGCCUAGCUUGGUUGAGAGAGACAAACUAUACUACAAGCUCGACAUUACCGAUAAACUGCCCCCCGGAACAGACAGCAUUGAACAAUUCGAGCUUAGCCCACGACAACCCCGACCACCUCCUAGACCCAAGAGGCCCGUCCCAGAAUGGCCUCCUGAAGCAGAAAGAAAGGGGAAAUGGAUUCGGAGGUACCUGGACAAGCUUGACCCUGACACGGAAUAUGACCAAAUCAUCAAGACAGCAAUCUUCUUCAUGGCCAACUCCUUUGCCUUCUCCGCCGGCUACGCCUCCACCUUCAUCCACCUCGUCCAGACCCCCGCCGGCGCCGCCGCGGUCCACCACACAGCCAAGGCCUACCGCCGUGGCCACCAGCGCUUCUUCGAGACGCAGGACUACUUCCUCGACUGGAUGUGGUACGGCAGCGGCUCCGACGUCUCCCGCAAGCGCCUCGAGAGCGUCAACCGCAUCCACGCGAGCGUCUGGAAGAACGUGCCGGGCGCGUACAGCCACCCCUGGGAGGGCGAGAUGGCCAUCAUCGGUGCUGCGUACUUUGAGACGUACCUACGCAAGCUGGUCGGGGCGCGCCGGACGGAGCCGCAUCCGAACGUGCGGCGGGCGUGGCCGGAGUGGGGCGAGCGCGUGUGUGCCCAGCUCCGGACGGAGCCGUUGGACGGGUCGCGGAGCUUUGGGGUGAAUUUCCCAAGGACCUGGGAGGAGUUGGAAGGAUUUUAUUUGUGGUUUCAGAGGAUUCCUAUGGAGAGGUUUACGGAUGAGGAGACAAGGCGGAAGGCGCAUGAUGCCUCGGAGGCGUUCAUAAGGCAAUUUAGCGUGAUGUGGUUCCCGAGGCGUCUACAGUGGUUCGGCCGCCAGGUGGUCUUGACCGUGAUACCAGCACCGAUCCGAGAACACAACCAAAUCGGGCAUCCGAGUCCAGUCGCGGAGACGCUUAUCAAGUUUGCCAUCAAGAUCUACCUCGACAUGAAGGACGCGUUGCCAGACCCUGUCAGGCCAGAUUUCUCGGAUGAGUACCAUGCGGCAAAGGGGGUAAACUGGAAAAAGACGGAUGUUCAGACUGAGGCUGAAUGGACGCGUCGCGAUCAGGUCACCGACGCCAUGUUGCUGAUGAUUAUCGUCGUUGGUGGGGUGUGGGCUUUGUGGCAGCUCCGUGUCUUCAGCACCUGA